AUGCUACUCUUCCUACAUUUUGUUAUACUGGCCCUUACGCCUGCUGUUUGGGGUGUCCCGGCAAAAUAUAAGAGAGCCAGCGCUCCGACAGUCACUAUCAACCAGCCUCAAGCCACAAUCGUGGGCUCUGCCGGGUCAAACAGUGUGGACAGUUUUAACGGAAUACCAUUUGCCCAGGCACCAACGGGAUCUCUCAGAUUAAAGCCACCUCAAGCGAUUCAAACUUCCCUAGGAACCGUUAAAGCGACUGGGACUGCAAAAUCAUGUCCUCAGUUCUACUUCACAACUGACACGAGCGAUUUCCCAAUCUCCAUUCUUGGGGAGCUAGCAAACAUCCCAUUGUUCCAAACAGUGUCAAAUGCAGGGGAAGAUUGCUUGAGUGUGAGUAUUCGACGUCCAUCUGGAACUGAAGCAGGAGCCGAUCUGCCUGUUCUGGUUUGGAUCUUUGGUGGUGGAUUUGAGUUAGGUUCAACUGCUAUGUAUGAUGGAUCCAGUCUCGUAUCUGCGUCAAUGGACUUGGACAUGCCAAUUGUUUUUGUGGCCAUCAACUAUCGUGUUGGCGGCUUUGGGUUCAUGCCAGGUGCCGAGAUCCUCCAAGAUGGUUCUGCGAAUCUGGGCCUUCUUGAUCAGCGGCUUGCUCUCGAAUGGGUCGCUGAUAACAUUAAGGCGUUUGGGGGCGAUCCAUCAAAAGUCACAAUCUGGGGCGAGUCUGCAGGAUCUAUUUCCGUCUUUGACCAGAUGGCUUUGUACGAUGGUGACCAUACUUAUAACGGAAGUCCACUCUUCCGUGCGGGAAUCAUGAACUCAGGCAGUAUUGUGCCCGCAGAUCCCGUCGAUGGAACCAAAGGCCAAGCUGUCUACGAUAAAGUGGUGGAAGAGGCCGGCUGUGCUACUGCAACAGAUACGCUGGAGUGCCUGCGUGGUGUGGAUUACACGACAUUUUUGAAUGCCGCGAACUCAGUCCCUGGCAUUCUAUCGUACAACUCGGUGGCCUUGUCAUACCUUCCCCGGCCUGACGGUACGGUUCUCACGGAUUCGCCAGAAAAUCUUGUGAAGAGUGGAAAGUACGCGUCGGUACCCUUCAUUGUGGGCGAUCAAGAAGAUGAAGGGACUAUAUUUGCGUUGUUCCAAUCCAACAUUUCAACCACUGCUCAAAUUGUGACUUACCUUCAGGAACUUUUCUUUUUCGAUGCUUCAAAAGAGCAACUGAAAGAGUUAGUAGCAACUUACCCUGACACGACCACGGAUGGAUCUCCCUUCCGAACAAGCAUCUUCAAUAACUGGUAUUCCCAGUAUAAGCGAAUUGCAGCAAUACUCGGCGAUCUCACAUUCACCAUUACCCGAAGGGCAUUUCUCUCACUAGCAACCCAAGCCAAGCCUGAUGUGCCUUCUUGGUCAUAUCUGUCAUCAUAUGACUACGGAACCCCAAUACUGGGUACAUUCCACGGCUCAGAUAUCCUUCAAGUCUUCUAUGGCAUCUUGCCAAACUAUGCAUCUAAAUCAAUUCAUUCGUACUACUUAUCCUUCGUUUACAACAUGGAUCCUAAUACCCAAUCCGCAGAUUACAUGGACUGGCCACAGUGGGGUACCAAUCAGAGUCUAAUGAACUUCUUCAACGACCAUGCGACUUUGCUGGCAGACACCUUUCGACAAGAUACGUAUGACUUUCUCUUGGAAAAUAUCGCAUCAUUCCAUAUUUAA